CGCGCCGGCAGGGUGGGCUCCGCGGCGCCGGGGUUCCCGGUGAGCGGCCGGGGCGGGCCGUGUCCGCGAGCCGGCAGGAUGUCCCUGGCUGCGUACUGUGUCGUCUGUUGCCGAAGAAUAGGCACGUCUGUUGCCUCUCCGCAGAGUCUCGCGCGCUGGAGAGAGAUCCGAAAUAUUAUAAAGUUUACUGGAUCACUUAUUUUAGGAGGUUCUUUGUUUCUUACAUAUGAAGUUCUGGCCUUGAAGAAGUCUUUGACGUUAGACACACAAGUGGUAGAGAGAGAAAAGAUGAAGUCGUAUAUAUAUGUGCACGGAGUCUCUUUAGAUAAAAGAGAAAACCAUGGGUUUGCCUAUGAGGCAAGAAAAGAACUUCAUAAAGCGGUGAGGAAAGUACUGGCAGCGUCAGCCAAGCUAUUCCGGAGCCCAUUUGCUGACCCUUUCAGCACGGUUGAUGUGGAAGAUCAUGAGUGUGCCGUGUGGCUGCUCCUGAGGAAGAGCCGGUCGGGCGACAGAACCGCGCGACUGGAGGCCGUGCAGGAGAUGUCUGGGGCCCGCCACUGGCAAGAUUACCAGUAUAGGAUCAUUGCUCAGGCCUGUGAUCCAAGAACUCUUAUUGGUUUGGCACGAAGCAAAGAGAGUGAUCUUCGCUUUUUUCUCCCACCACCUCCCUUACCAUCUUUAAAAGAAGACUCUUCCAUUGAAGAAGAACUCAGGCAGUUGUUGGCUUCCCUGCCUCAGACGGAUCUAGAUGAGUGCAUCCAGUAUUUUACAGCCUUGGCUCUGAACGAGAGCAGUCAGAGUCUAGCAGCUCAGAAGGGUGGCUUAUGGUGUUUUGGAGGAAAUGGACUUCCUUAUGCUGAAAGUUUUGGCGAAGUUCCUUCAGCUACAGUGGAAAUGUUCUGUUUGGAAGCUAUGGUAAAACAUUCUGAGAUCUCGACACAUUGUGAUAAAAUCGAAGCAAACGGAGGCUUGCAGCUGCUGCAGAGGCUGUACCGGCUUCACAAGGACUGCCCCAAAGUCCAGAGAAACAUUCUGCGAGUCAUCGGGAAUAUGGCUCUGAACGAGCAGCUGCACGCCGCCAUCGUCCGCUCAGGCUGGGUCUCCUUAAUGGCGGAAGCGCUGAAGUCCCACCACAUAAUGGAGGCCUCUCACGCUGCCAGGACCCUGGCCAACCUGGACCGGGAAACCGUGCAGGAGAAGUACCAGGACGGCGUGUAUGUGCUGCACCCCCAGUGUCGCACCAGUCAGCCCAUUAAAGCCGAUGUCCUUUUUAUUCAUGGCCUUAUGGGAGCAGCAUUCAAAACCUGGCGCCAGCAGGACAGUGAGCGAGCCGUCACUGAAGAGGCUUUGGAGGAUGAAGACAGGUACACAACAUGCUGGCCCAAGACGUGGUUAGCGAGAGACUGCCCCGCUCUGCGCAUCAUAUCCGUGGAGUACGACACCAGCCUCAGUGACUGGAGGGCCAGGUGCCCCACGGAGAGGAAGUCCAUUGCGUUCAGAAGCAACGAACUUCUCAGGAAGCUCAGAGCUGCUGGUGUUGGAGAUCGGCCAAUGAUCUGGAUAUCACACAGCAUGGGAGGUCUUCUUGUCAAGAAGAUGCUGGUGGAAGCGUCCAAGAAGCCAGAAAUGAGUACAGUCAUAAACAACACGAGGGGCAUGAUUUUCUACAGCGUCCCCCACCACGGCUCACACUUGGCCGAGUACUCUGUGAACGUUCGCUACCUUCUCUUUCCCUCUCUGGAAGUCAAAGAACUCAGCAAGGAUUCACCUGCACUUAAAACGCUACAGGAUGACUUUCUGGAGUUUGCUAAAGACAAAAACUUCCAGGUGCUGAAUUUUGUGGAAACCCUGCCGACCUACAUCGGCAGCAUGAUUAAGCUGCACAUCGUGCCCGUGGAGUCAGCAGACUUAGGCAUCGGAGAUGUGAUUCCCGUGGACGUUAACCACCUGAACAUCUGUAAGCCGAAGAGAAAGGACGCUUUUUUGUACCAACGCACUUUACAGUUCAUCCGUGAAACUUUAGCCAAAGACCUUGAAAACUGAGCGCUGCCCUCGGCCGUCUUUAACGUGAAUACAGUGCCAGAACCCUGGUGUUGUCUUUGUCUUUAAGCUCUCAGCAGGCACGCGGUCAGCGUGGCAUCUAUGUGGUGUGGAGAGUGUGGCAGACCACGGGGCAUCGGUCGCCGCAGCGCGGUCUGGCACCAGUGCCGAAGUGGCACUCGGAAGGCCUCGGUCGGGCUCUUGUGACUUAAAGAAGCCUACCGGGUGCCCCUGUAUGGUUGGCAGUGCUGUGGGCAGAGUGCCCUUUGCCAUCUGUGACUGUCCCAGCUCAUCUGGUGGGAACACUGGCGGGUUCUGGAGGGGCAGCACUGGCGGCUGAACUUGAAGCACGCCAUUGGAGAGCACCUGCACUGGAGACGGAACGAGAACGUAGAAGACGGCCAUGUGCCGGGUUCCCGUAUGCUGUAAAGUUUUAAACUUUUGUCCUUAGCUUUCAGGUAAACCCUUGCCUGAGGCGUCCUGGUUGCGAGGCUGCUGUCACGCAGGGCCAGCUCCUGGUGUGUUUAUGUUUUCACGAUGCUGAGAGCAAGCCUGUAAAAUGCCAUUCUAGCUUACAGUGAUUCUUCCCGGAGUGCGGUACCUCUGCUUGUCCUGGGCAAGGACGAAGUAGCUCAUCCACUGCUGCUCACAGGAUGGGAGAAACCGUUCUCAGCCACAGGCUACAGCAGCAGCACUCAGUACCAGGAUUCUCUUUGCCUAAGGGCUGUCUUGCUUGCUUGUUUAUGUGGAAAUGGUAUUAAUUGACCUCUAGCGUGUGAGAAACAGGACAUCAUGUUGAUGGACUUUUUCUUUGAAUAGCAUUACUGAGAUAUAAUGACAUAUCAUAAAAUUUAUCCUUAUAAAAUGUAAAGAUUUGUAGUAUCUUCACAGAGCUGUGCAACUAUUACCACUAACUCCAGAACGUGUCAUCAUCCCCGGAAAGCCCUGUAUCUGUGCACAGUCAUUUCCCACUUCCUCUUUCCCCAGGCAUUAGCAAACUAAUCUUUCUCUGUGGAGUUGCCUCUUGUGGAAGUUUGAUAUCAAAGGAAUCAAAUCAUGUAUUUCUUGCCUUGUCUGCUUCCCUUUCUCUUAGCAUAAUAUUUCAUAUACAUACAGCUUCUGUCAGGACUUCUUAUUAUGGCUAAAAAUAUUCUGUUGUGUGGUUCACCACAUUUGUUUAUCCAUGUAUCAGUUGAGGGACAUCUAGAUUCUUACUCUUUUGGCUGUUAUGAAUAGUACUGUACAGUUAUUCCUGUACAGGUUUUUUGGUAGCCAGAUGUUUUAGCUCUCCUAGGUGGACACUAGGAUUGGAGCUGCUGGACAUAGAGUAAGUCUGAGCUUAUUAACCUUUCACAGCUUGUAUAGAAGGGAUGGUCCGAGCCAAAACCAGGGCCCUCGCUGUGACUUCAUGAGCGCCUGACUGAUUCGUCUUGUGAUGUAAAUGCAGCCAAUAUGACUACACCUGGCAUCAGUCCAGGGCCAGCUACUGGGAUGACAACGGGAGGAGGGACAGCAGGGUUUGGUGCAUUUUCUUAUUCUGUUUUCGAAGAACCAUGGCAGAUAAGCCAUAGUCAGAACAAUUACUCCUUAACUUACAAGAAUGGAAUGAAACCUCGUUAAUUAAAAUCUCAGUAUCUAUUAGCUGUGCUUGAGCAGUAAGAUCUGGGAGCGAGAUCGAAUCCCUGUGCUUUCCAGGAAACCACUUUGCGUUUCUUUUUAUUCUGUGAAUUGGAGAGGCCCCCUCUGGUUGUCAGGCUGCUGGGUCUAGAUAAAGUUUAUUACACACAAGUGAGGUGAAAAGAAAUGGCAGGGCCCUUAAGCAGCAGGAAAGCAAAGCAAGUGUACAGUGAGGGAUAAUGGGAACAUAAUCCCUGAACAACUACAUCAAGAGAGAGAGACAGAAAGGAACCGAAACCAAACUGGCACAUUGCAGACACAACACGCUAAGGAAGAUGGGUGAAAACCCCGUGAGUCGCAGGAUGGCUUGCUGGGUGCAGAACCGCAGUGCCUGACAGAGAGAGAGAUGAUGAUUAUCUGGAAGAUACUGGGCAAGAGGUUAUCAUUCAGCUGUAAAGACUUCUCAACCUGAAUUCAGGGAACAGGGCUAAGUUUUUCUCACAGAUUGACUUGUUGGUUAAAUCCAGGCACACACAAAAAAAAUUCAUUAGAGAAUAGAAUAGAAAUGGUGCUACACUUUAAAAUGCAAACAGAAACCCUAAACACUGUUAGGAAACAGUAAUGUUGGAAAGAGCUAAUUGUGCUCAGCUGAAUUGCUCUUGAAAUGGGCUCCAAGGAAAUAAAGCAACAUGCUGAUGCCUGUGAGAACAUAAUCUAGUAAUCUGUCCUUUAUCUUCUUAGCUUAAUUUUAAUUAUGCUGAACAAUUAUAAGAUGUAGUAUAUACCAGUCAUCUGUACUGUACAUAUAAAGAUUUCUAGACUAAAACAC